GAUUCAAAAAUCAGCUCAAUUCGCAUUCGGUCAGUCUCUCCUGCAAAUCGUUCCCUCGAAAAUAGGGUUCGGAUUGCUGGUCGAGUGACGCAACUUCAGGCCGGAGUUGCCUAAGCCGAUCACGGUCGAACCCCAUCUUGGCGAGCGGUGAAGUAAAUUGUGCGAAAUAGCAACAAUGCAAGAGCCGAGAGGUCUCACCAAUAGCAGAAAAAGGCCCCUUGAAGAUGCCACGACCGACGUCCAAUAUUCCCUUCGCUACAAAAUCCGUGCUUUUGUUAGAGAUCUUCGCCCCCAGUUCAUCGAGGUGCUCAAGACCCCUGAUUUUCAAAAUUGCAAGGCUGCUGAUGAAAUCCGUGCAGGGAUGAAGCAGUUGAUAGACUUGUAUAGACAGUUGGUAGAUGAAGCUGUUAAGCAGAAUAACAGUAGUAAUGGUGAGAUCAAGCCCAGGGAGCAUCAUCGAAACGUGAAGCCAGUGGAGCAUCAACAGGAUGUGAAGCCUGCAGCAAAUCCUCUCGAGAAUGGAGUGCAGGCUAAACCUUCCGAUCCUUAUCCUCAUCCUCAAGGGACGUAUGUUGUUGGUGGUUCAGCUUUUGGUUGGAACUUCAUAACAUUCAACGGCAGCGAUGCUGUAUAUUAUGGGCAAACAAGAGAAGCAUUUCGGAUAAAAAAUCCCAAGUCUGAAUGAUGAGGCAGCGACAACCCUUAUCUCCCUUGUUAAUUAAGUUUCUUGCAUGAUCAUGCUAUGCAGUGCAAUUACAUGGAAGGCUAUAGCUGUAAUGUAGUCCAAGGCUUGACAGACAGGUUUUGUUGUCGCUAAUUUGUGUGUAUUUUCUUUAAUUAUGAAUGUUUGUAAGAAAAGCUUAUAGGAUUUCUCUA